CCAAUUAAACUAGAGCUUAAACCUAGAGUUAUAUCUAAAAAAGUAAAUAUGAGUUACUUUAUUAAAGUUAAAAACAAAAAUGGUGAAGAAGAGUUCCACCAAAUUGAUCCAACGAAAAACUUAAAGUAAAGCAAGGUACCACUAAAGAGAACUGAACAGUCACAGAAAUAAAGCUUUUACUUGAACAACGUUUUGGUACGAAUGACAAAUUUGAAAACCCAAACAGCCGAAAGACACCGUAUUGGAAUUUAAUUACUAAAGCUUUCGAAGAAAAGGAUUACAAAGUAACAGAACAGGAUUUGAUCAAUACAUGGAAAAAUCUCCAAGUUACCCACAAUCGGAAUGCGAGUAAAUUGAAAAGAACGGGCGAAAGUGCCAUCACUUGGAAGUAUUUUCAUCAAAUGCAUGAAGUUUUUGCAAAAAAAGAGAGUGUAAAUUCUUAGGAGAAAUCACUGGGUUCAACUUUUAAACCGGAAACACUUACCUUGAAGGAUGAAGCACAUGCUAAGGGCACAUGUCAGGAAGAUACAAAUGUCAGAGAAAACAUUCUACAUAAAGGGAAAAGAAGGAAACUAAAGGGAAAACCCAAUUUCAGGAAGAAAUGUUACUUGAUUCUAAAAAUUUAACGUAUAUUAUAUGUACAUGAUGAUGGAUCCCACAGAUAUUGCCAAAUAUCUUGUUGAUGAUACAGUAUUUAAGAAGUUAAACAGACAAUUUAUAACUUUAGAUCCCGACGAUGUAAGGAAUAAUAACCAGUAUUUAAACGAGAUCAUUGAGAAAUUAAUAAAACUAAUGCAACAACAAAGCAAGUUAUUUAAUAAAACGUAUCGAAGAAUUGUAUGGGCUGGCAGUUACUACAAGAAAACACGAGUCGGAGAUCCAGAGGAAUAUGAUAUAAAUUUGGUGAUUGAUUUACCAAUCAAACAGGAAGAUAUGAAGUUUACAUCACAGUGUCCGGGUUACGUUAAAAUACUAAGUAAUAUAAAGUGGGACAAUUCUUUCGGAAAAUCUAUGGAUCCAGAAUAUCAAGAGAUGAAAAAAUUAAUUGACGAUGAGUCUUAUUUACAUCAAGUCAAGUUUCGCACUUGGAUGGAGGGAAUUUUGGACAAAGUGGCUCGCGCCAACAGUGACACGACAAGAGUUGCCAACUGUGAUGAAAUUGUAUUACCUGUUUGUGGAAACUUGAAUGUAACCGACAAAAUUAAACAAGACAAAGAGGAGAAAAGACCACGCAAGCAAUUCAGACAAACAUCCACCUCAUCUGAGGAGAAACUUGUUAUGAGCAAGGUCUCAGAUAGCCGAAAAAUUCAAGCAUCCUUCAAAAUAUUGUCAUAUACGAGAGGUAAAUUCUCAAUGUCAUUCUGCGAAUUAAUCGUUUUAUCAUUACGUUUAAUAAAAAAACAUCUCGUAGUAUGUUAUUUAUUUCUCAAAUCCAAACCUUGCCACGCGCUCAUGGUGUUUGAAGUGAUGUGA